AUGUCCGGUCGUGCACCCCGGGAGAGGACAGCAGUCGGACCUUGCUGUCUGAUUUUUGGCCUCUUAGAGGAAGUUUCUCCUCAAAGGAAGUCAGUCUCAUUUUUCUCCAGGCCAAGAACUACCCGCUAUGAGAACAAGCCACAUGAAGGCGGUGGAAGGAUAACGUGCAGGACCACUGGCACCUUUUUGUCGGCGUGUCUGGUCUCCGCUUGUCAUGCUCUCCGGAACUGCGGGGAGGACCAGUGCGGCGAUGGCCACCAGUGCUGCCCGCCCAUCGCCACCGGGAACGGCAGUGCCAGCUCCCCUGUGCGCUGCUGCAAGCUCCCUAUCCACAUAUUCUUCGACAACGUAGGUUGGUUCACGCGGAAGCUGUCCGGUAUCCUCAUCCUGUUGCUGCUAUUUGCCAUGGGCUACUUCAUUCAGAGGAUCAUCUGCCCGCGGCCCCGCCGGCAUCCGCACAAUGAACGCAGCGAGGAGCCCUCCCUCUUUCACGGGCACGCAUCGGCGUCCCAGGACUCCCUGCUGGACCGGUACCCCGAGUACAGCCUUGGGGACUUUGCCUCUCCGAACCUGCCAGCAUACGACGAGGUCAAAUAUUUGCCCACUUAUGAGGAAAGCAUGCAGGAGAUGCACAGAGACCGGUCCGAUGAUAACUUGCUGUCUGAAAACGAGAGUAUCGGGCAGGGAAGGGGGAGAGCGGCGGCACCGAGAGCUGCGGAGCAGAGACGGGAUGUCCUGGAGGAAGCUGGACCGCAAAACAGCCCGAGGACAUCCCGGAACUCUGUCUGAGCCUGGGCAAAGCUCUAGAGACAAUAUGGCAUUCUUAUUUUAAUAUUAUCAGGGUAAUUAUCUUGCAGAGAUAUAAACUCAAGUGCAAUUAUAAUCCUGAAUGUUAAGAAUAAAGGAGAAGACUGAGAAAAUGUACGUGUAUUGUAAUAUUAUGGGAUUUAUCGCCUUUUGUAUGCAAAUGACCGCUUGGAUUAAGUAAAGGAGAUUAUGAAGAAAGCGAAGGCGGCUGAAAUUGACAAUCUAUGUGAGAGGGACAGCCAAUUUGGAUCCGGUACAAUCGCAUUAAGAUUGACUUCAACCCCCUUCAUUUUUUAAGCACCACUGAGACGUUUUUUUUUUUCUUCUGUCAAAUUCUCGGCCUUUCUUAGUCUUAAUGUGAAGUUUUCGGCUGGAACCAAAAUACCUGUUUUUUCUUGUAUUUAUUCAUUAUUUAAUUUGCAUCCAAAAGGAAGAAUAUUUAGAUUUGUAUUUCCCAGUACCCUGGAAUGUCUGCUGGGAGUGAGGGGAUGAAUAUCAAUUGUAAUACUUUCUGCAGCAGUGUUUUAUUAUCAGCAAGCUGUAGAGCCAUUUCAUUUAUAUUUCAUCAGCAUGAAAGCAAUAUUUUCCUCAUCUGCUUCACACCCAUGCACAUUCACAUAGUUCAGAGCGAA